AUGUCCCAGGUACGAUCGCAUACCGACUCAGGUCGCGACCAGAAGGAUGGCCAUCAACAUGACCAAAGCCAUAGCCAUAGCCAUGGCAUUUUAGGGGGUCACCAUCACCAUCACGACAACGCCUACCUAACAUCGGGCAACAAGGACGACCCGGGCGUCCGAAUCACUCGCAUCGGCUUGGUCUCCAACUUGGGCAUGGCAAUUGCCAAAUUUGCCGGUGGAUAUGCUUUCAACUCAAAAGCUAUGACUGCAGACGCCUGGCACAGCAUCACCGAUCUUGCAUCCGAUAUCUUGACGCUCGCCACGGUCACAUGGAGUCUGAAGCCACCAACAGACAGGUUCCCUAUGGGCUUUGGCAAGGUUGAGAGUUUAGGUUCAUUGGGUGUUUCAAGCAUGUUGUUGUUUGGAGGUUUAUACAUGGGCUGGGACAGCGGUAUCAGUCUCUACGGUCACUUUUACCCUGAAGCAGCACAUGAGAUCCUCACGCACGCCGGACACGGACAUAGCCAUUCUCAUGGAGCCGCAGCACUUGGUAUUCCAAGCAUGCACGCAGCUUGGCUCGCGGCAGGAACCAUCCUGAUUAAGGAAUGGCUAUAUCAUGCGACAAUGAAGGUUGCGCGCGAACGCAGAUCUUCGGUUCUCGCAUCAAAUGCCAUCCAUCAUCGAGUCGAUAGUUUGACGGGCUUUGUCACUUUGGCUGCUAUCAUUGGAGCCAACAUGAUGGAAAACGCAGCGUGGUUGGACCCCGUCGGUGGCCUCCUCAUCUCAAUCAUGGUUGUUCAAGCUGGUGCUGGAAACACGGUUUCUGCUUUUCGUGAACUGGCGGACCAAGGUAUUGAUGAUGAUAUAAAGUCUUCGGUGUCAAAACAUGCACACAAGGCGUUGAAAAAUGUGGCAGAAGGGCAUGAGGUCGCCCUUUGUGAAGUGAGCGGCAUCAAAUCAGGCCAGAAUUACCUCGUCGACCUUGAGAUGACAGUGCCCGGAGCUUGGUCUGUCGACACCACACAGCAGGUCGAAGAUGCAGUGCGAACACAAGUAGGUGGCAAGGUACGCGGCGUGCGAAGGGUUCGCAUCCGAUUCUCACCAAAGGAGGCAACUUCCAAGGCCAGGUUUGACGACUUCAUUCCCGGUACUGUAGUUCUACCCCCAGAGACAGAGGAGGACGCGUCCGACGCAGAAGCAGAAUCGACCCAUGAUCACGCUCAUAACUUGAAAUCAAACAGCAACCAAGACCAUGGCGACGGUCUCAGGAACAGAAACAAGCAUUAG